GAUUCAGUCUUUUUGUGAAGCUGAAACGAACGACGACUGAAGCUAUACGUGAAUCAAAGGCAAUUUUAUUUUUGUUGAUAUGUUGCUGACACAAAUCAAAGUUUUUGUUGUUUUGGGGAUCAUUGGCAUUAGGGAGCCCUGGAAUACAACAGAUGUUUUAGCGGUUCUACAUGGAGGACUCGAACCUCAAGAAUUUAUCCGAUCCGUAGGUCAGGCUAAGCUGAUGUUUGAGUUCUUAUUGAGAGGACUGGAGAUCGAUGUGGACAAUAACAUUGUCAUGCGGGAUCAAGAAAUAGCAUCUAUGCGACAAGGCCGAGCUUUUUUAUCUCUUGUAAAUGACAAUAUCCCAAAGACUGUGUCUGCAAUGGAGAAGUUACUGGCUGUGAUGGAGGAGCAGGACAACUCUUUUAAUCAGGCCAAUUUUGAGACCCUCAUCCUCGGGAGCAUUUAUUCAGCUUAUCAGGCACGGUUCCACAGGCUGGAGUCAGAGCAGCAGGCCUGGACAAAUAUACUUGGACGUCUUGCGAAUGUUACUUUAGUUCAACUACGCAAGUCUUAACUAUCAAUAAACAUACAGCUGUUGAAGUAACUAUUUUACCUGGUUUAUGACAUCACAGUUUAGUCUUUUAGUUUUUUUCAACCUGUAACUCAGGGUUUCUCAACCACAUUCCUGGAGGACCACCAGCUCUGCACAUUUCCCAUGUCUCCUUAACCAAACACACCUGAUUCAGAUCAUCAGCUCAUUAGCAGAGACUGAAGAACCUGUAAUGGGUGUGACAAAGGAGACAUCCAAAACAUGCAGUGUUGGUGGUCCUCCAGGAACGUGGUUGAGAAACACUGAUCUAACUAAUGCUUAUUUUUGAUUCGCAAAUGCAACCCAUAUUUUAAAAACUCAAAAAGACACAUUUUUAACUGUAGAAAAA